ACUCUGCUCUUCUACCUCUUUAGCACUUCUCUUCGCCCUCCUUACUCUCUCAUCUCUUGUCCAGAGCAUUGACUUGCCCAGAUUGGUCCGCAUCGCAGAAGCUGGGACACCAGCCGACUCGCCUCGGUCUCGUCAUCUCCUCUGUUGGCGCAACGCCGAAGCAAGGCCUCGCCCACGUAGCGGCGCCACGAAGCACGUCGCCAGCGGACCAGUUCUGCUCUGGUGGCACAGCCAGUCGUCCUUUGGCUCCUUCGUCCGCAGGCCUUGCACGAAACGUUAAAUUUACCGCACAAGAGAAGCUUCAACUGUGACCACUCUCAGGCCUUCACCAUGGAAAAGGCCUGCACAAACCUCACCGAUGUCGUGCGCUCAGUGCGUCUGCUCAAGUUCAAGGGCUAUAGCUUGACCACAGACAUCAGCAGCGACCAUUGCUUUAAAUCCAGAUGGAAAGUCGAUGGGUAUGAGUGGGAAAUCCGUAUAUAUCCAAGGGCCGGGAAUCCCAAUCGUAUGAAUGUUAGAUGUGUGACGCUACACCUUAUCUUCCUCAGUGAAGCCCGCGCGGGUGCUGUUAGGACGAUACUGCGCUGCUGCUUGGUAGAUCCAAGAGGAGUAUUUAAACCAUCUAGAGAAGAUCGUCGGUCUCUAACGUUCAGAAAGCCCCAAGACACCUCGUAUACAGUUGUUCUGAUGAAUGAAGAUGAGUUUGAAGCAUCGGGUUAUGUCAAGGAUGAUUCUUUUACCGUGCAAUGCACCCUUGACGUUCUCAAGGAACUACCAGAUGUAACAGCCCCACUUGAAGAACUGCAUCUGCCAUCAUCUAACUUGCACCUGCAAUUUGCUGACCUUCUUGAGAGCGAGACCGGAGCAGACGUCAUGUUUCUCGUGUCCGGCCAAUCCUUCGCUGCGCACAAGCUCAUCCUCGCUGCAAGGUCCCCUGUCUUCAUGGCUGAGUUCUUUGGAAACAUGAAGGAGAAGUCCUCGCAGAGUGUGGAGAUCGAGGACAUGGAGGGUGAGGUGUUCAAGGCCCUUCUUCAGUUCAUCUACACCGACGCUGUGCCGGAAUUCAGACAGCAGGCGGAGGUGGACGCGGAUGCCGUCUACACCGACUCUGUUCCAGAGUUCGAACAGCAGGAGGACGUGGUUGCGGAGGCGGCGACGGUGAUGGCUCAGCAUCUGCUUGCUGCUGCUGACAGGUAUGGACUGGACAGGCUCAAGCUCAUCUGCGCCCGCGAGCUCUCUGGUGGCAUCAACGUCGACACGGCAGCGACAGCUUUGGCUUUAGCCGAGCAGCACAACUGCCCGGAGCUAAAGGCGAGGUGUGUUGAUUUCAUUAUCAGAACCUCUGCCGCUCUUGAUGAUGUGUUGGCGACGGAGGGUUUUAAACACCUCGAGGCAAGCUGCCCACUGGUGGUGAUUGACCUUCUCAAGACCGCGCGUGGGAGAAAAACUUGAGGCGUCGCAGGGCCAAGGUUUGAUGGUCCAUGGUAUUGUAUCUGUUUGAAGUCUACUAGUACUACCAUAUGUCGUCUUUCAAUAAAAUUUAAAACCUGCCUAUGUACCUCUGUAUAUGCUUUGGGCAUCUAUUUACUUACAUUUCCACCUCCUUCGAUGUAAUUUUGUGCUAAAUGGUCUACAGUGGAUUUGUGCUCGUUGAUGGAGAGAAUUGACAAGGUGAUACUGACAUGAAUGUGAGCAAACAUGAUUGUCCCAUCUA